AUGGACGACAUCGACGCGAUCUUGAACUCGAUGGCCGCCAAGACGGGCAACGUGUCGGCCGUGAAGGUGGCCGAGUCCAUUCCUGCAAGCAAAUCUGCACUCAAGAAGCGCAAGCACGUGCUGAGCGCAUCCUCCCCAGGCGAUAACUCGGCGAUUUGGAACGCCGACGUCCAGAUCGAGUUGCGCCACAUUGGGUCGUCCGAACACAAAGUCCGUCCGUGCAACCUCCAAAACGUGUCUCCUGCGUACGAGCUGCACCGUCAAAAGUGCGUGCUCAAGCUCAAAGCCAAGCUGUCGGCGGCCGUCGAGCAAAUGGGUCUGCCAAAGCUCCCCAAUUCAGCAUACGAGACGUGGCAGUUCUGCUCGAAACUUGCUGUUCCCGACGGUGACCCGUUGAUUCCACACUCGGACAGCGACUACGCCGGCCUACGCGACGAACUCGUGGCCAUUGGCGCCAACCGCCAUGCCGCCAACAAGACGUGCCGCGCCAUGACCCAGGAAGCGCAUCGCGUAGGCCAAAGCCUCCUGCGUCUGGCCCAUGGAGGCGGCAAGAAGCGCGCGACCAUCCGACCCAACGAAGACCACUACCUCGUGAGCUACGGCGGCACCAGUUUACGGCUCAACCGGACUCAUUUGGAUAAACUGCAAACGCUGUUCGACCGGCAUCAUGCGGAAGCGGCGACUCAAUCAUUCCCAGACUUCUUGUUCUGUCUGUUGUUGCGGUACGAGUCUCUCGACGGCGGUGGCUUCCAGGCUGCGCUGAACGAAGAGUGCUUUGACGUGCUGCUGCGGCACUUUGACUGCAAUAUGGAGUGCUUUGCAUCGCCUUUCAACAGCCGCUACGGCCGCUUCUGCAGUGCCUUCCUAGACACUGACAGAGUGUUUGGCAGUUUUGGCAGCUUCUUCGACUUCCACCCCACCUCGGGGUGCUUUGAAGCAAACCCGCCGUUUGUGCCUGCAUUGAUUGCGAAAAUGGCAUCGCACAUGACGUUAUGCCUGCAAAAUGCCACCAAAGCCCUCAGUUUCAUUGUGAUUAUUCCUGCUUGGGAACAUACCGAGGGAUGGCAAUUGCUCAAGAAUAGUCCGUUCAACAAGGAGUACCUGCUGCUGUCUCAAAAGCACCACGGGUACUGCGAAGGCAAACAGCAGAUGCGCCCGACGCGGUAUCGCAUUGCAUCGUUUGACACGAGCGUGUUUUUCUGGCAAAACGCGAUGGCUGCUUCCAAGUGGCCGGUCACGGACGCCGCCCUGGAUGAUCUGCGACUCGCGUUCAAAUCGAAACAAUCCGAAGAGAGGGACGACCUCGGGCUCAAACAAGGCGGGAAAAAGGUCAAGCGGGUCAAGGCUUCGUCCUAGUUGGUCUUCUUACAUAACAAACACCUCAAUGGGAAUGUAUGGAAUAUGACGUGGU